AUGCAAGAAGAGCCCAAGAACGAGAUCUCUCCCUGCCAAAGCACGAGCAGCGUCGAGCUCAGUAGUCACCCCUUGUUUGCCAUGGUGUGUGCCAACAACGUGAAUCGGAGUGCUGCUGCUCACGAGAUCCUGAACGCCGCAGGGUUACGCGUCUGUUCAUACGGUACCGGUCGUGCGGUGAUGCUUGCCGAUCCAUCAAGCUUCGCACCACGCACGUUCGAGUUCUUGACGCCGUACUCGACUAUUCGCAGCAUCCUCGAGGAAGAGGACGCCACGUCGUUUACGGAUAACGGCGUCCUGGGGCUCUUGGAGCGGGACAUGUCGAUCAAGCAGGCGCCCGAGCGCUGGCAAAACCUCAGCAAUGAACAGCUCGUCGGUAUCGACGUGGUCGUGUGUCUCGAGUAUGCCGUAUUUCUCCGAGUGCUCCAAGAUGUCCAGCGGAGGAUGGAAAAGCAUUUGCAGGUGAAGCAGCUUCAUGUCGUUUGUAUCGAUACGGUUGAUACGCCUGAAGAGGCAGUAGCUGGAGGCGAGCGGGUGCUGCAGUUGUGUUGUGAACUAAACGUCCCGUUGAAGGAGCUCACGGAGAAGUUCGUCGUGUCCGUGGUCAAGAAGUUUGAGAAGGAGCACGAUCAGCAGUUGCAAUAUCUCGGACUGCACACGUAG